AUGAGUGAAGAGAAAGACCCCAUCCGGUACCAGCCCGGAAAAGGCGGAAGCUUCGAGCGCACCGAAGCUCAAUUCCGCAGCUUCAUCUCGAAAGAUACCCACUCCAACUUUCCAGCUGAGAAAGGUCGCUAUGCACUUUACGUCAGCCCAGGGUGUCCAUGGUGCCACCGGGUCAUGAUCGUCCGCGCUCUCAAGCGCCUAGAGGACGUCGUAGACCUCUACAUCGCCGACAUGGGCAUGGGCAAGGAAGGCUGGCACUUCACAGACAGCCCCGAGGCAGCCAAAUUCGGCGUCCUCCCACGCGACCCCGUCUACGGUUUCAUGACGAUCAAGGAGCUCUACCUCAAAGCGAGUCCUGGCUACGACGGGCGCGUCACAGUGCCUGUUCUCUGGGAUAAAAAGGCACAUACGCUCGUCAGCAACGAAUCUAGCGAGAUUAUCCGCAUGCUCUACACUGAAUUUGAUCACCUCCUUCCCGAGGCGGAUCGCGAGGGGAGUAGACCCGGUGGGGGCCUGUACCCUGAGGCGAAGCGUAAGGAGAUUGAUGAGAUUAAUGAGUGGGUGUAUCACACUGUCAAUAAUGGUGUUUACAAGAGCGGGUUUGCGUUUACGCAGUCCGCUUACGAGGAGAACGUCGACGCCUUGUUCAAGUCCCUGGAUCGCUUGGAGGAUAUCCUUAUGAACCGGCCUUUUCUGACUGGCGAUCACAUUACUGAGGCUGAUGUCCGCUUAUUCCCGACGAUUGCUCGGUUUGACGUCGCGUAUGUCCCAAUCUUCAUGUGUAAUCUGGGCACGAUCCGGAACGAUUACCCGAAUCUGCACCUUUGGUUCAGAAGGUUGUACUGGGAUCAGAGUGAAAGAACGCAUGGCGCGUUCUUCAGUACGACGGAUACGUGGGUUUCGAGGUUUAAGGAAGGGUAUGGUGGUGCGAGGACGAGAGUGCUGGGGAUUGCUGGGCCGCUUAUCAUUCCCAAGGGCCCCCGCGUUCUGGUUCACGAGCUUAAGGAGGAGGAGAAGCUGAAGGCAUCGUAA